AUGGAAAGCUUAACGCUGAGUGAUGUCGAGCAGAAAUACUACUCGGAGCUUUUCGUCUACUGCGACACGGACAACACCAAAAAAGUGGCUUCUAAUGGGAGAGUUCUUGACCUUUUCCGGGCGGCCCAGCUCCCAAGUGAAGUUGUCCUGCAGAUCACAGAGCUGUGUGGAGCCACUCGGCUGGGUCACUUCGGACGGAGCCAGUUCUACAUUGCUUUGAAGCUCAUCGCCAUUGCCCAGUCUGGGCUGCCCCUCAGGGUGGAGAGCCUCAAUUCGGUCAAAGAUCUGCCGCUGCCCAGGUUCGUGGUGGGGAAGAAUGAGGCAGAAGCAAGACACGCUGCCCUGUACCAGGAUGCAGACAGCCAAGGCUUAUACCCGGCGCCCGGAACUGCUUUAAUACCCAGACCGCCGGGCCGGGGUCACCAGAACAAGAAAGGCCCCCCUUCCUCCACUUCACUUCCUGCCCACGAGGUCAUCCAGCCCCUGGCGCCUAGCAUAGAAGCUCAGCCCGAACCGACGUCCCCGGUCAUCUCCCCGCACCAGUCUCCCCCCACGUCCCCUCACUCUUGGAGAAAGCACAAACGGCAACACAGCGGAGGGAACGCAGACAGGCAACAAGUGGUGGCUGCAACCGGAGCUGUGUGGACGCAGUUCAGAGAACCACAAACAGGGCCAGUGACCGGUGAUGGCAUGUGGUCGUCUCACUCGCCCCCUCCCCCUCUUCCCCCAAGCCAGGAAAGCUGGGUCAGUUUCACAGCAGACACCCCGCCCUCCAGCACGCUCCCAGCAAUGCACCCGUCAUCAGUCCAGGAAAGCACAACGAUACGAACCGUGGCCUCGGCUGCGACGACCAAUGAGAUCCAGCGACAGUCCAGCGGCUACGACGAUCCCUGGAAAAUCACAGACGAGCAGAGACAGUAUUACAUCAACCAGUUCAAAACCAUUCAACCGGACCUCACUGGCUUAAUACCUGGUUCAGCCGCGAAAGAGUUCUUCACAAAAUCAAAGCUACCGAUUUUAGAGUUGUCACAUAUUUGGGAGCUGUCGGACUUCGAUAAAGACGGAGCUCUGACCCUGGACGAGUUCUGCGCGGCCUUUCACCUCGUCGUGGCCAGAAAAAACGGCUACGACCUUCCAGAGAAACUUCCAGAGAGCCUCAUGCCGAAGCUGAUUGAUCUGGACGACUCAGCAGAGGUUCCUGAGCCGGCGGCUGAAGUCGGGUACUCGGCUUCGCCGGUGGAGGUCACCCCCAACAAAUCGCCCUCCAUGCCUUCGCUCAACCAGGCCUGGCCAGAGAUGAACCAGAGCAACGAGCAGUGGGAGACGUUUAGCGAGCGCUCCUCCAGCUCACAAACUCUGACCCAAUUUGACUCUAACAUUGCACCAGCUGACCCUGACACGGCCAUCGUCCACCCAGUUCCCAUCCGGAUGACUCCCAGUAAGAUUCACAUGCAGGAGAUGGAGCUGAAGAGGACGGGCAGCGAUCACAAUCAUCCUACUAGUCCGCUACUGGCAAAACCCCCAGAACUGUCCGAAGAAACCAAACUGCCUCCUUCCAUGAAGUUUGUAGCUGCCAACGCCGUCGGUGAUGGUUACAGCAGCUCCGACUCUUUCACCUCAGAUCAGGAGCCAAUCACCAGGCAAAGGUCUCAGUCAGGUGCGUCUCCAGAGGCGCUGAAGGUCGUAGCCCCGCCCCCUCCUCCUCCUCGCCCCCAGCAGUCCCACUCUCGCUCGUCGUCUUUGGACAUGAAUCGCACCUUCGCUGCCACAGCGGCACCAGGCCAACCGCAGCCGUCUGCGAUAGCGUUUCCUCCUGCGGUGCCGCCUCGACCGCUGCCCACACAGUCAUCGGUACCGCUCACUGGACAUCGUGUGGAGGCAGAGGCUGUCCCUGCAGGGGGCGCUGUUCUCACUACCACCUCCCCGCAGCAGAUUCCUCAGCAACCCAACUUUGCCGACUUCAGCCAGUUCCAGGCGUUUGCUGCGUCUGAGCAGCCGUCCAGCCUGCCGGACAUCGACAGGCACAGCGAGGCGGGACAGGCGGAAAAGAUAUCAGAGGGCGCCGGCCCUUUAAGAACAGUAAAAAGUGACGGCCCAGCAGACGAGAGAACAUCAACGACAGUCAACUCUGCCAAAGGUUCCUCAGGCCCUCUGGCUCCUCCACCAAAACCCGUUCGGCGGCGGUUGAAGUCUGAGGACGAGCUCCGACCCGAAGACGAGCAGAUCGGACCCCAGAAAGGCGCCGCCAUUGCUGCGCCCCUCACCUGUCAGCCCUCCAUCCCCAGAUCGGUUGGAAAGGACAAAAAGGCAAUUCAAGCUUCCAUCAGAAGAAACAAGGAGACAAACACAGUAUUGGCUCGACUCAACAGUGAACUACAGCAACAACUGAAGGAUCUGCUGGAGGAGAGGAUAUCCCUGGAAGUGCAGCUGGAGCAGCUCCGGCCUUUCUCCCACCUCUAGCCGAACACGCGGAGCAGAACUCGGCCGUAACUCCGCGGCGCUCUCCUUCCCUCCGCCGUCAUUUCCCCGGUCGGAGGCCGCCGGGCGUUCCGUUAAACGAAACCCUCUCCCUCUUACCUGUCGCACAGUCUUACCAACAAACGGAGAAGAGAGGAGCAGAUUUCACCACCCGGCACUUUUCACAUCUCUGUUUUUUAUUUGUUUGUUUUGGUUUUUUUGAAGAGGAUGACGAAAAAAAACGGCGAAAAGUGAAGUCAAAACGCCUGGUUUCUGGAGAUGGACAAACCAUCUUCAGAAACAAAUCGUUGUGUUGGUGUGACUGGUUUUGUUUUUGUUCCUCUUAAAGCAGCUUAAUUAGAGGCUCGCACCAGUAAGUCCAAAUUGCAGUUAAAAUUUGGUUAAUUUAAGGAAACAAAAAAAUGUGUUUGCUUUUUGAGGGAAACAGUAAAAAAAAAUAAUAAUAAUAAUAAUUUGGUCAAUAAUGUUCAGAAAUAGUUUAAAAUCUGAUCCAUUUUUAUUCUAAAUACGUAAUACCAAAGAAAAAAUUAAAAUUGAAGUAAGGUUCUGUGGAAACAUCAUAAGCAGUUAAUAUCUUACCGUCAGUAGAUAACUCUCUUGACGUCUUCAUUUAGUAUAAAUCUAGAUUAGCUACUGGACAGUUUAGACCAAAACUACUCUAUUCUAAGAACUAAAAACAUAAAAAUGCUAUUUUUAUUUCCUUUUACCAGUCGUCAAGUUUACAUUUGACUGUUAUGUAAAUAACACUUGUUUCAGUGUUAUUUACACUGAAACAAGUGUUAAUUCACAAAACAAAUCCAUGUUGGAGGUGGUGCGCCACCAAUAGUCUUCCUACCUGAAACACACGCUGAAAAUGCGACAUGUAAUUUAUUACCAGUCAGAGAAACCGUCUGUAACUAAGCUGCAUAAAUAGCAAAAUAUUACGGCAGUUUUAGUUGAUGCAGUUUUAUUUUAAGGUAACGAAUUGAACCAGAAAUGCUUUACGUGUUCCGUUCUCGGGGAAGAUGAACGGUGACGGACUGCCUCCAACAUCAAUUUUCCACUUGUGACAAAUUUAAAAGUUCAGAAAAUAGUUUUUGAUAAAACAUGGACUUCAGCUCCAACUAAUCUGCAUUUACGCUAAAUAAAGACACAGAGAGAGUCAGCUUCAGUCUGUAAAAUAUAAAGUACUGAACUUCACUUAAAAAAACAAUUAUUUUAAACACACCUGCUGUAGAUUUAGGCAGAAUUAAAAGAGAAAUGACUGUUUUUAAAUGUCUACCAGCUGCAAUAAAGACUGAAAAUUGGACCGCCCAAAGUUUCUCUUAUUGCAUUUUCAUCAAAUUGACAAAUGUGGCGUAAGCAGGUUUGUAUUUGAUUUAUAAGAACCGAAUAAAAGAAGAUUUCCUAAGUCAGUUAGUUUCUACAACGGCGUAUCAGGGUCACUGUAGACGCAACAAAAAGAGGAGUGAAUUUGCACCAAAAAAAUCUCUGAAACUGUCUAGAAAAACAGAAGAGUUUUAAUUUUGAUGGAAAAAAAUCUGAAAGUUUGAGCUUAAUCUCAGAAAUUUUCUAGGAAAAAUGUGGAAAUUUCUAAGUUUCGAAAGUCAAAAAUUGGCAACUUUUGAAACUCAGAAAAUUUCCAAAAAUCAAAUAUUUCAAACUUCGGAAACUCAGAAAUGUGCAUAUUUUUUUCUAGAAAAUUUCUGAGAUUAAUCUCAAACUUUCUGGAAAAUUUCUGACAUCUCAAAAUUUAAGGGGUUUUUUUCCCCAUCAAAUUUUUAACUUUUCAAACUCAGUUUUAUUUCCUCUACUCUUUUUUUCUUUUCUUUUUUUCUACAGCGGCGCUGAAACACUUUUGUAAUUUGAGAGAGGAAAACUGCGUCGGUGUCUCAUCCUGUGAUUAUUAAUUCAGUCCUUCCUGCUGCUGCCACUCAACUCUACGUAUAUAGAUCUAUGUGUGUGUGUGUCGUUUUUUUUCUACGUUUUCAGGUUUCUUGUGACUGAAUGCUUCGACUCUUGAACACUGAACUGUUACUCCUUCACUUCUGAUUUGAAGAUGAAAACUGCACAUCCUCUUCAUUUUUCCAGACCUUUUUGUUUUCUAAAACAUUUCAGCUUUUUUAUUAUUUUUCUCCUCAAGCUGCAGUUUUUUGGGAAGUCAUUUAUAGCAGGACCAGAUGUUCUGUUUUGAAGAUUUUUUUUAUUUUAUUUUUGUUUAUGAAGAAACGCGUUUGCAGAUCUGUUUGGGAGUUGAGUCAUGUUUGUAAAAUAAAUACGUAAAAUAUAAAUGAACUGUUUUCCAAUCGGGCCAAGCAGCGCUAUGCAACUACGUGCAAAACGUAUUUCCACAGAUCGACUUUAGCUGUUUGUUCUCCGUUCGUAGCAGCUGUGUGACCCGGUUUUGUAUUGUAGCUCUUCCAGAACUCCAUCUGCUGUAUGUUUGUGGUGUUUGUCUGCCUUUUUCUGUUGGUACUGAUGAGCUUCCUUCUUCACUGUGUUCCUCGGCUCCAGAGGAGAAUUAAUUUUAUUUUUAACUGCGAAAUGUGACCCUUUCCUGGUGGAGACCAGUUGGCUAUAUGGGAGACCUGAACGACCAAAAUGCACUUUGAACUCAUCCACUUGUUGCGUCUUUAUUUGGUUUAUUUUUAACCAGAUUCUUCCUGUCUUUCUUUUUUUUUUUUUUGAACUUGGAAACUUGGAGCGUCCUGAAAUCUCUCAUUUUCUGAAUGUUUUGUAGGUGAAGCAUCAUUUUCUAAAGCCUUACUCACCCCGAUUGGAUUGGUGUUCAGGUUUCCAUAGCGACUGAUUGAUCUCUUCCUUUUUUUAUUUUUUCCUCCGGCUGUUGUGGAUGAAGGUGUACUUCUCGUGUGUGUUUGUGCGCACGCAUCAUUUGGAGACCGGAUUAAAAACCUUCCAGGAAUAUUUAAUGUUUGCUCGCACAACGGCUCCCUCCUCGUUCAACCCAAAAACAAAAAAACAAAAUAAAAAAGGCAAUCCAGACAGGCAGAAGCAAUCAGUCUCAUACGAAGUCUGUGAACUUUCAGAUGCCAUUUUCUCCCCAGAUCUGUGUUGUAUAUUGUAUAUGAUACACACUUUUGGACUCAUAUGUAAAUUUGCAUUAAUUGCUGGCUAACAGCAGAAGAAUAUUCUAUUUAAUUCCUUCUCUCUUGGCUGUGGGAUCCUAGAUGUUUAACUGCAUGGAUGUACUGUAUCUCUGCAGAAUUAACUAGCAGCUGUGUGAUUUUUACACAAAAAUAAAAAACAGGACAAUAUUUUAAA